CUCCUCCUGGGUUGCAACUUACAGUCAUUGCAGAUGACGCAGUGAGGUCUCGUGAACAUGGCUCCUUUUCCUGAUGAGGUGGAUGUUUUUACUGGCCCACACUGGCGCAUGAAACAACUCGUGGGUCUUUACUGUGAAAAGCUGUCAAAAACCAACUUCUCCAACAACAAUGAUUUUCGCUCCUUUCUUCAGUCCCUGUGUGCCACCUUCAAGGAGUUCAAGAUGCAUGAACAAAUUGAGAACGAGUACAUCAUGGGCUUGUUGCAGCAGCGCUGCUGCACGGCCUACAACGUGCACUCUGACAACAAACUUUCGGAGAUGUUGACACUCUUUGAAAAAGGCCUACAAAGUGUCAAGAGUGAAUAUGAACAACUAAACUAUGCCCAGCAGCUGAAGGAGAGACUUGAGGCUUUCACACAAGACUUUUUGCCACACAUGAAGGAGGAAGAGGAGGUGUUUCAGCCUAUGCUUAUGGAGUACUUCACCUAUGAAGAGCUAAAGGACAUCAAGAAACAGGUGAUCGCACAGCACUGCAGCCAGCAGCAUUUGAACUGUGCUGCUGAGGUGCUGAAGGGUUUCAGGUUGUGGACGCAGGCAGAGGAACUGCAAAAGGCCUUUAAAUAUGCUGAUCACGAGAAGACAGACUAUGACCUGGAAAAGAGCAGGAAUUCUUCCGUCCACAUAUCCCAGCUUCCUACAGAAAUUUUGCUGAGGCUCUUCGGUUACUUGGACCCUGUGGAUCUGUGUCGCUGUAGUCAAGUGUGUAGCUCAUGGACAGAGCUGGCCAAGAGUGAUUCUUUGUGGAGACAUCUCUAUCCUGUGCGCUGGGCAAGAGGUGAUUAUUGUAGAGGUCCCCCUGGGGAUCUUGACCAAGAGCCAGAUGAGGAGUGGGUGAAGAGUCGGGUGAAUGAAGGUCGUGCCUUUCAGGAGUGGGAUGAGGAUGCUGACGUUGACGAGUCAGAUGUUUUGGGUCAUACUGAAGGCUCGCUAGCAAUUAGCACUGCUCAGAGAGAGAAGAGGCUCUUAAAUGGGAUUAUCCAGAACCUUCUUCCAGCUGUGGGUUCAUCUGUAAAGUCCAUCGUUCUUGCAUACAGUUCUACAGUCUCAAGUAAAAUGGUUCGUCAAAUACUCAACCUCUGUCACAAUAUUACUCAUUUGGACCUGACUCAAACCGCAGUUACAGACUCUGCAUUUGACAGCUGGUCGUAUCUUGGAGCUUGUCACACUCUGGAGCACCUGGAUUUGUCGGGGUGUGAGAAAAUAAAUGAUCACACCCUUAAGAAACUGUCUGUCGGGCUGGGUGACCUCAUGCCUUCCACCUGUUCUGACAAAUGCUCAGAGCGGCGUGCUAAGUUGCUUAAAAGUUCCCCAGUACCCAUCACACUCGUGGAUGAGAGGAGCCUGCAUGCAGUCGGGCGGAAACAGCAGGCCAUCAUUUUUAAACAUGGGACCACUUGUUGGGGCACUGCCCACAUCCCAACACAUGUUUGGGUUUUGGACACAUCAGACCUUGCUGAUAUUGAAGAUGCUGCAGAGUGGAGCCAGCGUGGCUCCAUGUCUUUCACUGAAAGCUUUGCAGAGACACAACUUGUGGGAGGCUCGUGCUGUUACAGGAGGAGCAGAAGGCUCAGGACUGGCUCAAAUUCCUCCCGUUUGCAUCAGCAGUACCCCAUGUCGGGGGAAAUGUUUUGUGGUCACUCCACCUGCUGCUCAAGCGACAUGGCCUUCAGGACUUUUACUGGACCUCAAAGCAAGUUGGGCACCACCAUAAACGGCACUGCAGAACUGCGGACUAAAUGCUCCUCAUUAGGGGGGCUGCAGUGUCUGAAGCCUGAAAACAGGACUGACUGCUCAAAGGAAAAACGAUCAUUAAAAUUUCUCAGUCUUUCUGGAUGUUACCAGGUCACUGAUUCAGGCUUGAGAGCUUUAUCUCAGCGUGGAGGGCUUCCUGCCCUGGAGCAUCUCAACUUGUCUGGCUGCCUCUUCAUCACUGAGUUGGGCCUGCAGGAGCUGGUGUCAGCCUGUCCGGCCCUCAAUGACGAACACUUCUAUUACUGCGACAACAUUAAUGGUCCUCAUGCAGACACAGCCAGCGGCUGCCAGAACCUGCAGUGUGGAUUCAGAGCAUGCUGUCGCUCUGGAGAGUGACCCCGCUCAGCCCCCCCCCCCCCCCCCCCACACACACACCCACUUGCACUUUAUCCUGGUAAUACCAUUUGUUGUAUUUUGUCACCUAAACAUGUUUCUUGAUGAAACUGUAAUUCAGCUCCUACUGUUUCCAUGUUUAAUUUAGUGGACGUAAUCGUUCUGAAAGAACAUAACUGGGUGAUAAUUGGUUUAAAAUGUCUGUAAAUAUACUUUCUAGUUUCUUUGUUGGUUUUGAGACAUAACCCCCCUCAAGGUACUGAAAAAUUUCUGCUAAUGUUAUUGGCUCGUAAAGCUUUAGGUAUUUACACGUCAGGCUGUUCUAUAGCUUGGAGCUGAGUUUAUCCCAGACAUUGAUGGUUGUUAUUGAACUCUGUUGGGAGGCAGAUUUAAAGUUGUGAACACAAGAGGCACACACAGGAAUAAUGUCAUAAUGUUGCUGUACAGUCUAAAGGUUUUGCUUUAGAUUUGUGAUCUUUAGUAUUUCAUCCUAUAAGUUUGUAUUUUCCAAAUUCCCUGUCUUCAUGCACUCCAUUGAAGAAAAAUGAACAAAUAUUAACUUGAGCAAUCUAAUGGGGUCCUGCCUGGGAAGUUGGGGUGUGAGUGUGAUCAAGUUUGAGCGCUGUACCAAGUACUACUUUGUUCAUUAUACACAGCAAGGCUUACUUUGUUCUGAAGUCUCACCUGAGCUUUAUUAACAAUGUUGAACUCCUAAUAAAC